AUGCCGUGGGGGUGUCUCCGGCUGCGGGAGGAGAAGAACUACAACUCCGUGGGCGACAUCACGGACAAGUACGAGAUCGGGGAGCUGCUGAGCGCGAAGGAGUUCUGUGAGCUGUGCCUGGCCCGCGAGCGCCGGACCGACCGGCUCGUCGUCUGCAAGCGGUUCCGGAAGAAGGACGGCAGGAAGGUUCGCCAGGCGGCCCGGAACGAGAUCCUCAUCCUGAAGAUGGUGAGUCACCCCAACAUCCUCCAGCUGAUUGACACCUUUGAGACACGCAGGGAAUUUUACAUCAUCCAGGAGCUGGCGACGGGCGGGGACGUGUUCGACUGGAUUCUGGACCUGGGCUGCUACACGGAGCGAGACGCCAGCAGCCUGACCCGGCAGGUGCUCGAGGCCCUGGCCUAUCUGCACAGCCUGCACAUUGUGCACCGCAACCUCAAG